ACAACAACAGCAGCAGCAGCAGCAGUGGCGGCGGCGGCUGCUCUUCGGCUCGGCGACGAUAGUUAACGAAAAGGAGAACAGAGCGAUUAAACGAUCAUCUGUUCGGUAUCACGAGGUGCCGGCGGUUUGUGUUCGGUUAAUUCAGCCGUUAUCGUUCACUAACUAAAAUGUCGCUAUUCGGUAAGUUAUUCGGCGGCGGGGGUAAGGGUGGGAAGGCGCCGACACCCCAGGAGGCUAUCCAGCGACUCAGAGAGACCGAGGAGAUGUUGGCCAAAAAACAGGAGUUCCUCGAGAAGAAGAUCGACCAGGAGCUGCUGACGGCCAAGAAGAACGGCACGAAAAACAAACGAGCGGCUCUUCAGGCCCUGAAGAGGAAGAAGCGUUAUGAGAAGCAGCUGGCGCAGAUCGACGGGACGUUGUCGACCAUCGAGUUCCAGAGGGAGGCGCUGGAGAACGCCAACACCAACACAGAAGUGCUGAAGAACAUGGGCUACGCCGCCAAGGCCAUGAAGGCGGCGCACGAGAACAUGGACAUUGACAAAGUCGACGAUUUGAUGGCGGACAUCACAGAACAGCAGGAAGUGGCUCAGGAAAUCUCAGAUGUCAUCUCCAGACCUGUGGGCUUUGGAGAAGAAUACGAUGAGGAUGAGCUGAUGGCAGAGCUGGAGGAGCUGGAGCAGGAGGAACUUGACAAGAAUCUCCUGGAGAUUGAAGGAACAGAAGACGUCCCUCUGCCCAGCGUCCCGUCGACAUCACUACCCUCCAGACCAGCCAAGAAGAAGGAGGAGGAGGACGAAGACGACAUGGCAGACCUCGAGGCCUGGGCAGCUAACUAAGCUAGCUCGCCCUGCUAGCUAGCUGGAGCCCCCCUCCUGUCUGUCUCUCUGCUCCCAGACCGGUCGCAGACAUCUGGAGGAGAGACAGAGACUCUGGGCUGCUGAGCUGGCUGCCUCAUGUCCCAACACCCACCUGUCCCCGCCCUAAAGUAUGCACCUGUGCCCACGUCUGCUGACUCUAAACCACACGACCAGGCUUCUCUCUUCUCAUUCACGGUACAGUGAGAAUCUCUUCACUCCGGCUGCACACUCCUCUGUUUCUGAAGGCCGUCGAGAGCAGAGAGCAAACGCCACGCCCUCAUCUACCUGUGGUUCGGUUCAUCAAAGCACGAGUGCAUGAACAGGAGCGUGCACGUGCAUACUUUAAAGGGAUGGUUGUGGUUAUUAGACGUGGGGUGGUGUGAGGUGUCGGUGUGUUACCUGCAGCAGAUUCAGAUCAGCUGCCAGUCAGGAGAGAAACACCUGCUUCAGAAAACAUCCACACAAACAAUCCAACAUCUGUUUAAAUGUAGAUGAAUGAAGUUCAGCUCUUUCUGAUUCACUCAGCUGACCUGCAGCUGCGGCGUGAUACGGUGCACGCUGUAGGUGCGCUUGUGCGAAGUACGGAAGAGGAUUAGGGCCAAAAUUUCUCUCAGACUUUGAGUUUAAUCUAAAAAACAUCAAAAUUUUGAGUUUAUUCUCAGAAAAAAGUUUUCUGCACACGUCCCUAAUCGUCCUCCGUAGCGCAGGAUCACGGUAGUUCAGCGGGUGAGAAAAAUGUAGCACCAAAGGGAAGUGUUGUUUUCACAGGAAGAUAAAGAUGAAAAUCUUCUACAUUUAAACAGAUGUUGGAUUGUUUCAGUGGCCGUCUUUU